AUGUUUGCCUCGUCGCACUUGUUCGUCUCCAGGGUCCUAAUUAAAUGUAAUGAUCCUGAAGUCCGUAUGGAGAAGACGUUCACGCCUUUGCGCCCUUCUUUCCGACAAUGCCUGCUUAUGAAGGAGCAUCAGCGUAUUGUCAGGCUCGUUAGUUUUAUCGCUUAUCCGUCGACCGCAUUUCCUGCUUCCGAUGCUGAGCAUGACACCCCUUAUCUUUCCGGCGACAACACGGAGAGUUCCUCCAACUCUAGUCUCUCCAACACCAGGUACGGGAGCUUCGAAAGCCCAUGUGCGUCGCUGGAAACAGUGCCGAUGUCGGGCUUGGGACGAUCGCCGUCGGAUGCAUCCUCGUCGGCGAUUCACCAGUCGCAUUACCAAGCCGAUUCUGACUUGGAUGCGGACCCGAACCCUGACUGGCAGUCGCGUGUCGAUGCCGAAGUAUUAUCCUCACUUUCUGACCGCGACAAACAGCGUCAGGAUGUUCUGAACGAGCUUUUCAACACGGAGAGAAGCCAUGUUCAGAAAUUGAAGGUGCUAUCAAGGGUGUUUCAUCGCCCGAUGUUGGAGAAUAACCUUGCUCCAGCGAACUUGCUGAAUGGGUUAUUCUCUAACUUGGACGAAAUGCUGGAAAUUCAUGGACGUUUCAGCGAACGGAUGAAGCAGAUGAGACGAGCCAAAGUAGUAACGGGUGAUAGCGGCAGUCCCACAGGUGCCGCGCCUUCGAAAGACGGGCCAGGUUGCUGGAACGUGAUCGGAGAAGUUGGUGAUUUACUCCUGUCAAUGUUUGACGGAGAAGCCGGUGAGAGGCUUGCUGAGGCGGCUGCGAAAUUCUGCCAGUCCCAGUCCAUCGCCCUCAUUCAACUGCGAAUGAAAGAGAAGGAAAAUCAGAAGCUGAAGAACUUUCUGCUCGAUGCUGCGAGCAACCCGUUGUGUCGCAGACAGCAGUUGAAGGAUUUCAUUCCGCUUGGGAUGCAGCGCCUCACGAAGUACCCCCUCCUCCUGGAGAACCUCGUCAAAUGCAGCGGUCCGAGCUCCCCGUCAGACCCUUCGUCGAGUGAUACUGACUCCCUGGUGUCGAAUUGGGACGAAGAAAUCAGCAAGAUUAAACGAGCUUCGGCAGGCAGUCGCCAGAUUUUGGACCACGUGAACCAAGCCAAAAAGGAGUUCGAAAACAACGAACGGUUGUCCGAGAUCCAGAAACGCUUAGACACUUCGUCUUUCGACAAAACUGAUCAUCCGGUUACCAAACAAUACAGACCGUUGGAGUUGGACAAGUGUCGAAUGGUGCAUGAAGGGCGUGUCACGUGGAAAGUGUCGAACAACCCGCAAAAAUCCCUCGACUUGCACAUGGUUCUGACCGACCAAUUCGUUAUGCUACUCCAGAAAGACGGUGAUAAAUUCCAUUUGAAAUACCAUUCCAUAACUUCGGUGGCAGGGAAGGACGACAAUAAGCAUUUAUACAGCCCGAUCAUCAGUUGCCCGGGAUUGCUCGUCCGUCAAGUUGCCACCGACAAAAAAGCUUUUUUCUUGGUGAUGAACCUCGACAGUGGACCACAGAUGUAUCACAUCAUUUCACCGUCGGUACAGGAAUGCAGAACGGCACUCUAUUCAAUGCCGUUGCCCGCUAUUUCUUUCAAGUUCCCUGUUGCUCCUUUUAUCGCUUGUUCGGCAUAUCAAGUUCCCUGUUGCUCCUUUUAUCGCUUGUUCGGCAUCCUGGGCUGCGGAAGUAAUGAAGGCUUCCGUUUCAUGGAAGCUUCUUCGAGAGUGAGGAAGUCUGAUGUGGUUGUCGGGUUCGUCAAAGCUGGUGGUUGA